ACGGAAGUUGCGCUGGUUGAAGAAAAACAAGUAAUUUAUCUGCUCCGGCUAAAUUUUCUGUUUUUAUUCAUAAAUAUACUAGUAAAUACACAUAGAAACUUAAUCUAUCCUAAGUAAAUGUUUUUACAGCUUACAUUCAAACAAACGUAAGCUUUUACUACAACGGUAAUCCCGGAAGUCAAAGCGUGACGUAAGACAUGAGCACUGUUAGCUAGCUUCUGAGCUAGUUACGAGUUGUUGUUGUUAUCAGGGUAUAUUUUUAGUUAUUUAACUACCCAGCAGCGAUCAUUCUUGACUAGGUUAUAGUCAAUAUCGGUCGGUCAUGGACGACGAAAGCUACCCUAGAACCUUGUAUGUGGGAAACCUCUCCAGGGAUGUUACAGAGAUUUUGAUUUUGCAACUCUUCACCCAGAUUGGACCCUGCAAAAGCUGCAAAAUGAUCACAGAGCACACGAGCAAUGAUCCAUAUUGCUUUGUGGAGUUCUAUGAGCGCAGAGAUGCCGCUGCAGCCCUGGCAGCCAUGAAUGGGAGGAAGAUUCUAGGAAAGGAAGUUAAAGUUAACUGGGCCACCACCCCUAGUAGCCAGAAGAAAGACACAUCCAAUCACUAUCAUGUUUUUGUGGGUGAUUUAAAUCCAGAGAUUAGCACUGAAGAUGUCAGGGCUGCGUUUUCACCUUUUGGAAAAAUCUCAGAUGCUCGUGUCGUGAAGGACAUUACAACUGGCAAAUCAAAAGGGUAUGGAUUUGUGUCCUUCUACAACAAACUGGAUGCAGAAAAUGCCAUCUCACACAUGGCGGGGCAGUGGCUUGGAGGACGCCAGAUCAGGACAAACUGGGCAACACGUAAACCCCCAGCUCCCAAAAGUGCUCAGGACAACGGUUCAAAGCAGCUGAGGUUUGACGACGUAGUGAAUCAGUCGAGUCCACAGAACUGCACAGUGUAUUGUGGUGGGAUCCAGUCAGGACUCACAGAACAUCUGAUACGGCAGACGUUUUCACCAUUUGGUCAAAUAAUGGAGGUCAGGGUGUUCCCAGAAAAAGGAUAUUCUUUCAUCAGGUUUUCCUCCCAUGACAGUGCUGCACACGCCAUUGUGUCUGUAAAUGGCACAGUCAUUGAGGGACAAAUGGUGAAGUGCUACUGGGGCAAAGAGUCAACUGACAUAGCAAAAAGCCCACAGCAGGUUGAUUACAGUCAGUGGAGCCAGUGGAACCAGGUCUACUCAGACCCUCAGCAGCAGUAUGGGCAGUACAUGGCCAACGGGUGGCAGGUUCCUUCUUACAACAUGUAUGGACAGACAUGGAACCAGCAAGGAUACGGCGUAGAGCAGUCACAGUCAUCAGCCUGGAUGGGCGGAUAUGCUUCUGCACCAACGCCUCCUGACGCCGUCAUGUCCAACGUGGGAAAUUUCAACAUGGCUGGCUAUCAGAUGCAGUGAGAUGGCUCCGACCUGAACAUGACACCAAGGGAAUAAACAGCACUUUUCAUCUGGACAGUAACAAGAGGAAACAAAGAGGAGUCGUAUUUAUCUAGCCUUGGUAGCUGAGAGGUGGUUCCUAACAACCCGUUUUAUAAAUCACUGUCCACCCGACUCAGAACCUUGUUUAUAUUGUAAUGAUAAACAAUGCUGUCAUGGAAAAGUACUUUUGGGUUUUGUAGGGAAAACCAAAGAAACUAACCUGGCCUGAAUACUAAAGGAUAUACCAAAAUUUUAAACAUUACGCUCCUCGGACCCUUAGCUAUUACCUCACCGGAGGAAAUCUGUUUAUCUCUGAAUUUUCCAAACUAAAAAAAAAAACAUUUUGUAGUUCUUUAAAACUAAUUCUGGUGUUUUUAGAUCCAAAACCUGACAUUUCAGACCUAAAAACACUUUUCAAAGAGAGCCUUCCUGUUACUCAGCAACUUCCAGGAAAGUGUUGAGGAUGAAAAGCUUGAAUUAACCGGCAUGAACUUAAAAUUAUCCUUCUCCCAGUUUGGAAAUGUUUUUAAAAAUAUAUUUUAAUGUGGAUUUACUAAUUGGGCUCAGCCAUUUUUCCCAACACAGGACAAAUGUCCAUGUUCAGUUUUCUUCUUCAUGUCAGUUUCUGACACAGUUUUGCAUAAAUCGAGCAGUUUGUUUGUAGAUCAUUAUUGAGCUAUUAGGAAAAAUUUGCUUCGUUUUGCUCGACACCUUCAGUCCUUAAAAUAUGUCAAAAUUUAGCUGGGAUUUUUUUUUUGAAUAAAGUUUGUUUAAAAAGAAAUUCUUGAUAAUUUUUUGCAGUGAAACGCUCGUCAUUUACAGAUGUUGAAGGGUUUUAUUUCGGAUGCUGCAGCCAAGUUUGAUUUUCUAGUGUUGAAUCUGAAAAGAAAAGGCUGUACCUUUUUUUUUUUUUUUUUUUUUUGUCCCUGUGUAAAUAACAAUACAACUUGGUAAAGGUAACAGACUUUUUGCUCAUUUUGAAGCAGCUUGGUCAGAGGAGAUUUUUUUUCUGUUUUCAAUCUGACCUCUUGGCUGGUGGUUGUUUAUUUCUGGUUGGUUACAAGAUUUAUUCAAACUGGAUCCAAAAUAUUUCCCAAAUUUAUAUCCUUAAUAUACCCUAUUCUUUUUUUGUUCUUCGAAUACUUGUCAAAAGGGUAAUUUAUUGUAAAAACUGCAAUUUUACAAACUACAGGUCCUGCUGUUUGGGUUUUAUUUUUCUCUGGGUUUCUGUAUAGUGUGUCAGAAUUUAAAGGGCAUAUAUCAGCAUUUUAACAACUUUUUCUUCCCAUUUGUUUCAGACUUGUAGUUUCUGAUAGAAAGCGAGGACACGGCAGUGAGAAUACUGUCAUAGUUGCUCAACACUGACGAUAUGUUUGGAACGCUGAACUCUGGCAUUAAUGCAUAACACACCGUCAAUCCUGGUAGUGGCAGCCAAGUCUACAGCUUGAAUUUAAAAUCAUUAAGUAAAACUAUCUGGUCAUUUUGCAGUAGUGUGGAGACCUAACCAACAGGCAACCUACCCUGGGAUUUAACAGCUCUAUGUGGUGAGCCCAGUCUUCACCACAGUCGCAAAUAGGCUCUUGGGACAAAAAAUAACAUUCAGAACACACAAUUUCUGGCAGUAUUUGGAUGGAGGUAAUUUCUGCCCCAGUUCUGACCAGCAUUGAUACAUCUGUUUGGUUUUAUAGUUCCGUGUUAUAUGGUACUUACCUCCUGUUUCUAAGAGAUGCUUGGCUGCAAAGCCUUUUUUUGUCAAAAAUCCUCUUUUAAUACUACUCUGCUUUGUAAAAUAAGGGGAACGCUAAUAAGGAUGGAAUUAUUUUUCAUACUUUAAUAUUUGCAGACUUUAAGCCUCUGAUAUUUGGUAUGUGCCCUUUAAAAGCUGUUUCCAAUGUGCUGAACAAGAUGUUUUGGUUUUGAUUUUUGAAGAGGUGAAACGCGUCGGGUGUUUUUUGGGUUUGUAAAUAUAAACCUUGGCCAUGAACCCUUAUAAAACUUAAAUAAUGUACAUAAUGUUGGUAACAUCUUCUACAAUAAUAUUCUCUUAGAAUUUUAGCAAUAUAAAUUAUGAAUACGCCUUGACAGAUAUGUUAAUGAAGUCCAACAGUUGAGGUAUUUUGAAAAAAGAUCGACUUUGGAUUUAAAUUUCUUUUGGCUGGGUUUCCCCAUGUUUAUGUUUGUGUGCCAUUUCCUCUGUGCAGCAGCAAACAGAUAAACUGCACAAUCAUUGCUUGAAAUGUGGAAUGUAAUGACGACAUUGUUUUUGUUGGUAAUUGGAACCAUUGAAGUGAUGUUUAAUAAAAUUGUCAGUUUUCCACUUGGCGGAAAACAAAACUCACUUCAAAUAAAGAAACAUUUGUACCUGA